CUAGUUGGUUUGGGAAACUAUACCCAUCCGAAUACCAGGCACAAUGUAGGAAUGAUGGUUUUGGAUCAGAUCGCCAACAAACUUGAUCUUACCUGGACACAAAAUCGUACCUUGAAAGCAACAAUUUCCCAAACAUCACUGGACAUUGAAAACAAGGACAAAUCUCGGACAAGAAUUGAUGUCACUUUACUUAAGCCUCGUUUACUAAUGAAUGUUAGUGGGCCGAGUGUAUCCAAAGCUGUACGUGAAUUUUCAAUCGACCACUCAAAUAUAUAUGUACUUCACGACGAUCUUCAGAGACCUCUUGGCAAAGUGUCUAUGAAAUCGGGUGGAUCAGCAAACGGGCACAAUGGCAUCAAAUCUGUUAUUCAGCAUCUCUGUUCAGAAAACUUCAAGCGAGUACGUAUUGGAAUUGGAAGACCCCCUGAUGAU